AGCGCGGGCUGCUGGUCUGCACGCAGGAGGCGCAGGCGGCUCUGGGGCUAUGGAGCCUGGUGGUGGUGACGCGGCACGCUUUGGCCUGGGGUGGGCAGCCCAUGCGCUGCCACCGCGGCUGCUACUACUGUUGCUGCUGCCGCUGUUUCUCGGUCGGGGGCUACGUGUCGUGGCCGCGGCCUCCUCCUCUGGGGCGGCGGCUGAGGACAGCAGCGCCAUGGAGGAGCUCGCCACUGAGAAGGAGGCGGAGGAGAGCCACAGGCAAGACAGCGUGAGCCUGCUCACUUUCAUCUUGCUGCUCACGCUCACUAUCCUCACCAUCUGGCUCUUCAAGCACCGCCGGGUGCGCUUCCUGCACGAGACUGGGCUGGCCAUGAUCUAUGGGCUCAUCGUCGGGGUGAUCCUGAGGUACAGCACCCCUGCCACCAGUGGCCAUGACAAGUCACUCAGCUGCACUCAGGAAGACAGGGCCUUCAGCACAUUAUUAGUCAAUGUCAGUGGGAAAUUCUUUGAAUACACCUUGAAAGGAGAAAUCAGCCCUGGCAAGAUCAACAGUGUAGAGCAGAAUGACAUGCUGAGGAAGGUAACGUUUGAUCCAGAGGUCUUUUUCAACAUUCUGCUGCCUCCAAUUAUUUUCCAUGCUGGGUACAGUUUAAAGAAGAGACACUUUUUCAGAAAUCUUGGGUCUAUUCUGGCCUACGCCUUUUUGGGGACUGCUGUUUCCUGCUUCAUUAUCGGAAAUCUCAUGUAUGGUGUGGUGAAGCUCAUGAAGAUAGUGGGGCAGCUCUCGGAUAAAUUUUACUACACGGAUUGUCUCUUUUUUGGAGCAAUUAUCUCUGCCACUGACCCAGUGACUGUCCUCGCGAUAUUUAAUGAGUUACAUGCAGAUGUGGACCUUUAUGCACUUCUGUUUGGAGAAAGUGUCCUAAAUGAUGCUGUUGCCAUUGUGCUGUCCUCGUCGAUUGUUGCCUACCAGCCAGCAGGGAUGAACACUCAUGCAUUUGAUGCUGCUGCGUUUUUUAAAUCAGUUGGCAUUUUUCUAGGUAUAUUUAGUGGCUCUUUUACCAUGGGAGCUGUGACUGGUAUGAAUUCCUUGACAGGGGCUGACGUGACCAAGUUUACCAAGCUGCACUGCUUCCCACUGCUGGAAACAGCACUCUUCUUCCUGAUGUCCUGGAGCACAUUCCUCUUGGCAGAAGCCUGUGGGUUUACAGGUGUUGUAGCUGUCCUUUUCUGUGGAAUCACGCAAGCUCAUUAUACCUACAACAAUCUGUCAGUAGAAUCAAGAAGUCGAACGAAGCAGCUCUUUGAGGUGUUACACUUCCUGGCAGAAAACUUCAUCUUCUCCUACAUGGGCCUGGCACUGUUUACCUUCCAGAAGCAUGUUUUCAGUCCCAUUUUCAUCAUUGGAGCUUUUGUUGCCAUCUUCCUGGGCAGAGCUGCACAUAUCUACCCGCUCUCCUUCUUCCUCAACUUGGGCAGAAGACAUAAGAUUGGCUGGAAUUUUCAACAUAUGAUGAUGUUUUCAGGGCUCAGGGGAGCAAUGGCAUUUGCACUCGCCAUCAGAGACACGGCGUCCUAUGCUCGCCAGAUGAUGUUCACGACUACCCUCCUCAUUGUCUUCUUCACUGUCUGGAUAGUUGGUGGAGGCACAACGCCCAUGUUGUCAUGGCUUAAUAUAAGAGUUGGUGUUGAAGAGCCCUUCGAGGAGGACCAGAAUGAACACCGCUGGCAAUACUUCAGAGUUGGUGUUGACCCAGAUCAAGACCCACCACCCAACAACGACAGCUUUCAAGUCUUACAAGGGGAUGGUCCAGAUUCCACUGGAGGAAACCGGACAAAGCAGGAGAGUGCAUGGCUAUUCAGGCUGUGGUACAGCUUUGACCACAAUUACUUGAAGCCCAUCCUCACACACAGUGGCCCCCCAUUAACCACUACUCUCCCAGCAUGGUGUGGUUUGCUGGCUCGAUGUCUGACCAGUCCCCAAGUGUAUGAUAACCAAGAGCCACUGAGAGAAGAAGACUCUGAUUUCAUCCUGACUGAGGGUGACCUCACCUUGACCUACGGGGACAGCACAGUGACUGCCAAUGGCUCCUCAGGCUCCCACAUGGCCUCCAUGAGCCUUGAUGGCAGUCAGAGAACAAAGGGCAGCUCCGAGGAGGUGCUUGAACGAGACCUUGGAAUGGGAGAACAAAAGGUCUCAAGCCGGGGCACCCGCCUAGUGUUUCCCCUGGAGGAUAAUGCAUGACUUUUCCCUCCAAGCCCUGAAGCGAUAGGGUAGACUCUCCAGUGGUGUGGGGCUGGCUGCAUGCUCCAGUGUUGUUUCAGGUGGGACAGUGACUGACUGGAACUAACGCUUCUAUUUUAUUGAGGUCUGACUAUAUCUUAACAUUUAAAAUUUAACCCAAGAUACAGAUGGUGGGGCUCAAGUGUCUCUUAAAUCAACACAAAUGCAGGCCUAUUCCCACUUCUUCACAUAGUAGUGUGCUAUUCAGAGUUAAAUGAACAAAAAACAAUCGCAUGCUUUACUGGUCUCUUAAUUCAUUCACCUGCAGUACCUGAACAAGGUGUGGUAGGUGCUGGGUAUCCCUCCCAGGAGAGGCUUCAUAUCCACACCCGAAAGUGAGAGUCCAGUUGGAUGUAGGAAUAUCAGGAAGGGCGAACAGACCAGAAGAAUGAUUGUGGAGGAAGGCAAGUGAGAUCAGAAGUCCAAGGAUUUAGGGGAAGCUGGUGUUAAAUGGGAGAGAAAACAUGAGAAGGCAAUUUGAGUGGAGGCUCUGGCAACGAGGGCUGUGUGAUACCAACCUCAUCUCAGGAUUCCUGACUUCUUUUGCUGCCUGUUUCCUCUAGACUGAAGAUUGGAAAAUAUAUCCACCAACAUUUCAACAUGGGGAAAAGAAUUUUAAUUCCUUCUUUGGAAAGCUCCAUAAAGAAGUUACUGAAAUGUUAAAAACCAAAGGCAAAAUAGUGUUAUACUGUUGUCUUUUAAUUAACCUGAAGGCAAGAGAAACUGUUUAGAAAAUGAUGAUGAUAUCACUACAAAAAUCAAUCAAUUCUUGAGAGCUGCCAUAUGAGCUGACUGCCUGGAAAAUGAUGAACAGCACUGAGAUAUCUACUGUGGGUUUAGAAAUGACAGCAAAAUUUGUGGACUGCUUUGGUCUGGGGAAGCAAAGGCAGUAAGAAGCCUAAGGGCAAUAGGUUAGUAUUCAGAGGGAAGAAAUCUCACUGUGAAAAAAAUAGCUACAAAGAAAAAACAAGGUAGUAUUCUAAAGACUGAGUAGAAUUCCAAACUUCAAGCUAAGAAAUGCAUGAGAUUUCAGUGGCCACCUGAAGAAUCAGAGGUGAACCAGUGGAAAGUUAAGCUUUAUUCAGUGCAGUAGAAGGUUCUGCCUACUCUAAGAUUAAGAAUCUAGAUGUCUUGACACUGAGUGCCAUGUAGAGAAAGGUCAUUUUCUUGGUAUUUGGGGAGGGUUGCAUCAGCUUAGUGUGGGAGUGUGGUCUCCAAUUUAGGUUUUUAGUAUGGGUUCUUUUGUGAGUGAGAUAUUCUACCUGCCCAUACCUGUAGUAACUGAAAUACUGAGGGAACUCUUGGACACCAAGUUUGAAAUUCUCCCCGUGUCUCUAUGCCUCAGUGCUAUUAUAUUUGAAAGCCCAAUUUCUAAAAAGUGCUUUAAUUAAAUGUUGGUAUUUUUCUUAUUUUGGCAAAGUAGUGACCCAGUCCAGUGCUCCCAUCAUGAAUCAGCCAUUUAACCUUUUAACUCAUAUUUUUAAUGGUUCAUUUUAAGUAAAGCAUUGUCUCUUUCACACUUUGAUUUUCAGUCUAUAAUUUAUGUAAACCAAGAAAAAUUUAUUAGUCAUACGAAAUUGCUGGUAUUCAUUUUUAAGAGACAUAACUUAAUGUGGUUCAGUAUAAUAGAACUGAGUAAUUUUUCUCCUCGUCUUUCAUCUAAAGUCCAUUUUGAUUUGAUGGUCAUCCAUGGGCUUUCUAAAUUUGGAAAAAAAGCCAAACACACAUAAUCCUAUGCUUCCACUUCUAGAAGUAUUAUUCCUAUGGUGAGUGGUUAAAAAUAGGGUCCCAUGAGGGCCAGAAACUAUGUAACUGAAGACUAUCUGCUGUCAAUCUGGCAUAAACCAGAUUGAAACUGCUGAGUAACACUUAACCCAACUAAACAAAGUUCCUCUCAGAGGGUAAUCCCAAGUCAUUUUAUGAACAUAUUUGUUUCAGGUUGGGGGGUGGAGUGGUUACAGUUCAGCAGAGUUGGGUGUUUUAGAGCAGAGGUUCUCAACCUUGGAUGCACAUUAUAAAUCCCUGGCUCAUUAAAAAAUUUCAACAUAAGGGCCUACCCUCAAAGAUCCAGAUUCAGUGGGUUUAGAGUGGGGCGUGGCUUUCAUGCUGUGUUUUGUAUCCUCAGGGAUUCUAAUCUGCAGCUAGGGUUGAGAGCCUUUGGUCUAGAACUUGCAGUGGACCCUACUUGAAACCUUAAAGAAUGGCCUAGCAAAUUUAGUUUUUUAAAAAUUAUUAGUCAUGUGGAACAGAGUGUUGAUUGGAUAGCUAUGAGGGAAUUUCAUGCUGUUUGCAGAAUGCAAGUAUGUACUACUCCACAAAGUACAACUGAAAUAAAGGUCCCAUUUGAAAACCUUAAGAGUGUGAAAUGGAGAGAAGAAUGACUUGAGUCUAUGUAUGGAGAGAGGAUUAAAAACCUGUCACCUUUGCGGGAAAAGGGAGGUUUUGUCUUAACUGAGCUGCUUAUUAACCAAAUGUGAAGGUUUCUCAAGAAGGUGUCUUUUCAAUUUAACCUGGGAUUAAAUUAAUAGUCCCCUUUGCAGUCAAGUGAAUUUUCUCUUCACACUUUGCUUGUCCCCAAGCCUGAAUCCAUGCUGGAUUCUUUAGAAUAAGGCUGGGUCUGUAUACUGCCAGAGCAGAGGCCCCACAUUAAAUGGAAGGUUGUGAUCACUUUGCUGUCAUGGUGGUGGUGGUGUUGGUAGCUGGUAAUUAGGGACAUGCAAACUUCUGUGUAGUACCAACAGAGGGGAAGAUACAAACUUCUGCCAUUCCUUUUAAUAUUCAUUUUGGGAACUAACAGGAGACUGAAAUUUCAUUUCUAUAGAAGAAACUUUAGAAUUUAAAUAAAGCUGCAUUUCUGCCAAGAAGCAAGUAUAGGGAAGGCACAUGUAAUUAAAUGGACACUGACCAUUUAGAAUACUGAGUUGACCAAAUAAGCAUUAAUGCCUUGCAGCCAGAAACCACACUGUGACAUCAAGUGUUUCACCAAAUAAACAGCAAGGAGCUCUUUAGGCUAUUAUCCCUUACACCAGAGAUUGUCCCCUGUGGUUUGGUUGACAAAUGAAAUUUUAGAAAACACCAAAAAUGCUUUCUUAGCUAUCUAGGAACUUUUCAGUCCAGGACAAAGAAGUAACAGUUCCUUCCAAAAUAGAGGUCUGUUUCAUGCCCUUCCCCUACCUCCAUCAUCUCUCGCCUUCUCUGCCCAUAGUCGUUACUGUAUUCGUCAGAUAUUUAAUGUGAACCAUCAUUUCUAAAUGUAGAAACACCACUGAUACACUUAAGAGAUUGGUGGCAGGGCAGCUGAGCAACUCAUCAGUGGGGAAAUCAUCUGAUUGGAAAUCUACCUUAGUACCCAUUGUGAGUUCUAAGAGGUGAAUCGGAAAGCUGAUUUUACCAUCUGUUGUCAAACAUAAUCUGGAAUGAGUGUUAAAGUUAGCUUGCUCAUUCAGUGAAUGGACUUCUUAUUCCACUUUAGAAAUGGGGAACAAGUUUAGUGCCUGCCUUUGGUGUUGAUUCUGUAGGUGAGUUAGUGUAAGAGCUAGUCUGUCAGAAAUUUUAGACUGGUAUAAUUGAGUUCUGAUCUCUUCUGUUGUUUUUAAAGAGGGAAUCUGAUUUGCCUGUGUCAUUUGCUACGUUCUGAGACAGUAAAAGUUGAAGGAAUCCAGUGGCCAAGAGUUAGAAUUUCGAAACAACCCAUCUGAAUGCUACUUUUACCCAAUACCUUGGUACCCAAAAAGACCUUCCCCCUUUCUAAAACAAAAUAAAAAAAUAUAGAGAAACACUCUAGAAGCCAAUGUGAGUGUCUAACCAGGAAAGUCAAGUAGGAUUUUUGACAAUCUUUUCAAAACAGGAUUUAGAAAUAAACCAUAUUUUCCAGUUUCAAUUUUCAGAAGUAGAAUAUUUUAAAAAUUAACAAACACAUCUUGUAUUGUUACCCAAUGCUAGCAGAAAUUGUAAAGAGCAAAACCAAAGUUUUUGAUGUAGGUUUUAUUUUUGUAAAACAGGGUACACUGUAACUAUGGCCUACAUGCAGCCUGUUUUCUGCUACUUGAGCCUUGGAGAAAAUGAGAGAAGGAAAGUCUGCUUUUCUGCUGCCUUUUGAAAAGGUCUGAAACAGACAUGAGAGCUUGGGAGACGUGACCGUCUCAUUCUGAUGGCCACCUUUUAAAAAGGGUUAAGAGAAUUGCCAAAUAUCAUGAUCAGCUCAAUUCUUGGCCAGUUGAAAAUGAUCUGGGCCUGUAUAUGUUGGAGGAGCUCAGAUAGAAAAGGACAUGUAAAUAGCAUGAAGAACAUUGCAUCUCUGUCUGAAGCACUUAAAAAAAGUUAACAUCCCAAUGUUACUGGGUGACUAACUACAUGGACAUUUGGAGGCUGACUUUUGUUGUGAUUAUUCCAGUUGUGGGCUUUGGAGAAACAAAGGAAUGGUUUUCGGGUGUGUGGGUGUUAAGUCUAUAGAUUUGGAAUUUAUUACUGAAACCACUCAUUCAACGUGUGACUUCAUAAUAGGGUCACUUCCUCCUAGGUUGUCUUUUUAUUUUUUCCAUAAAAUACAUCUGGCACUUCUUACAAGUUUUAUGUUCAUUAAAAUUAUUAAAUGGGAAGGCCACCAAUAUUCAUUUAAUAGCUGAAAAGCAAAUUUUUUAAUAGAAUUAAGAUGAAUUUAACAUGGAUGAUGUGACCUCUUUUUAUAGAGUGCUUACACACUGUAAUUGAGGAGAAUUUUGUCUUCUAUAUUCAACAGUGGCAAACUGGUGGUUUUCUAAAAUUAACAUUAUAGUAUGUUAUAUAAAAUGUUAAAAUAUGUUUAACUGUGAAAAAGUGAAGACUUGGAAUUAUCAGCAACCUUUAUGUGCAAUAAGGAAAACAAGUUAAGACCCCAAAGUGCUCUCUUUCCCUAGCAUCCUACUUAAUGUUUGCCUUUGUGUGUAUGUUUAGAUUGAUAUUGUAAAGCUAGCCACGUUUUCCUGCCUUUGCUGAUAUCUAACACAUUUUUCUCAAAGCUUUUUCUGUAUUUUUUUUAUAAAAUUCAAAAUAAAAAGAUUAAUUGGCUGAACUAAUCUUGUUUUGUAUGUUAAAAAUAUUGUCUGUUAGUAGAAGAGUAUA